GAAGUGAAAUGGGAAUUUCAAUUUUCUUGUGUUUUAAUUUUGGGAUAUAAUUUGGAUUAACCUUUUUUUCAAUAUUUUUCUCAGAAAUUGGAUAUAUUAUUAUGUAGUGGAAGAAGUGAAUAGUUGUCAGUAUGCCUUUCAAACCGGGUCAUCUCGGAAUAACGAUAUCACAGCCCAAUGAGUUCGAGCUGAAACACAGACCCGGGGUGAUUCAGCAUCUCCCCCCACUGAGUGCCAGAGAGCCAGCAUACAGUGAAAGGCCAAAGAUUUUAGAACGUGGAUCAUGGACACAGGCAGCACCAAUCAAAGAGAAGAAACACUUCCGACAUGUCAGUGACUCCAUAGGCAACAACUACAGCCCCCAGGCCAGGCAUCUGACUGCCUCCUACAUCUACGAAACUACAAAACAAAAUUUUACUACGGAGGAGAAUUUUUACCUCGCCCCCAGACAGGCCAGAACACCUAGUCCUAUUACUAGAAUAGUCAACGACCCUGACCCCAGAAGGAAAAGCUUCCAUGCCUUAAUUAACCUUGACACUGGGAAAAUCAUCCACCCCGACUCCGACUUUGUUCUUCCCGACAUCACCAAUGGGACCAGUCAUCACACGUCAACGUACCCCGAGACGACGCUACCCCCCAUCAACGGGAGCCUGCCCAAACUACAGGCCCCACCCUCUGUUAACCAGAGCGACACGGGGUACAGUAGCUAUAUCAAUGGGAGUCACAGUCUGGCAGACAGCUCCACACAGAGGAAUGGACAUGGACAGGACAGCACGGUCAGUGUGGACGAGACCACGGACAGUGGACGGCCGCACUCAGUAUUCGCCCCCGAGAUGUCACAAGUGGACGAAAACUCAGAAAAGGAUCUCAACGAAGGAGAUGAUGAAGCUGAGCUGGCGGGUUAUUUAGGACACGAUGACUACACCCGCUCUAUACUCACGGUGGAGUUCCCUCCCUUUUACUUCUCCACUCAUGGCUUAUCUCGACCCAGCACCCCAAAGGAAGAGGACCGGCCAAGGUAUUAUCAGCUGAUUGAGAAAGCCAUAGAACCCAACAUGAUCAGUCCCGUGGAGACCGAGACGGUCCAGGGAAUCUUUGAACUGGUUCCUAAAACCCUCCGACAGGCUGUACCCAGCGCCAAACGCAGGUUUCUCAGGGAAAUGGAGGAGGAUAGAAGACUAGCCCUGAAGAAAGCCAUACUGGACUACAUCUUACUGGACUCAGCAGAACAGGACAGACUGGGGGUCCCCAUACCUGUCAAGCCCUCCAACUCAGCAGGCAGACACCAGUACCCCUGGCAUGAGAUGGUCAACAGAACUCGAGAUUUUAUGAAGAAUGACCUGUUUAUCACCCAUCCUGUCAUGUACACCAUUCUGUACCAUUUUCAAACAAAAUAUGGAGACUUCAGACUUAUCGAUAUUCCUCAUCUGAGAGAGGUCAUGCCGCUAACCAUGGAAAACUUCUACAAGAAUGUCAAACAGUCCAGCUUGGCUGCCGCGGAGAGGCUGCGGUACGAGUGGCUGCCGGAGGUCUGCGAGAUCGUGGAUAGCCACCGCGACACAGUGGAGGACUGGAUGCCACAGGAUUCAGGCCUGAGGAUGAAAAAGAUGGAUAGGUUCUUCAACAGUAUCGCAUCUUUGAUGUCAAACUUACUGCGGAGCUGUGUGAUUAACUCUAUAUAUGACCUCGUGGACUUGAUUGAGGAAUACACAGAGGGAAGUCAGUAUGACGGCGAAUACACACUGUUCAGUGGGUUAGCCCUGCCCACCAAAAUCCAUAUAGUUCACUUCUUCAUGCAAGAGAAUAUAGAGAAAGUAGACAUUAAUUUUAAGCCGAACUUCUCCGACGUCUGCGAUUUCUUCUGUCUGAUCAUCGAUCACAUGAUUGUCUGUGUCAGGGAGCUGCCACGGGUGGAACAUCUCCUGUUUCAGUCGGUGGAGGAUCUACAAAUUUCCACCAUCAGGAGUGUGAUCGUAGAAGAAGAGCUGGUGGAGAUCGCUAAGGAGAGGAUCCGAGUGGUCAUCAUGGCAAACAGUCACGGGCCCAACACAUACACAUCAGUUUAUAAUCCAUACAAAUACCUCAUCUCCGUGGAGACCGAAAACAAGGUCAAAAAGUUCAUAAGUAAGGAGCGCCCUCUACGGGAGUACAGACAGGAAAUAGAGAAGUUGAAGAAACUGAUCUCAGCUGUUGGAUCUCUUCCUGUUGCCAUCCCCAUGCAUUUAUUUUACCUAGACUGUAACCAUAUCAACCAGUGGCUGAUCAAAAGAGCCAGGUACUUCAUUGAUAUUAUGGUCACCAACAUAGCCAACAUGAGCCGGGACUUCAACAAGGGGAUAUGUAAGCAGUAUGACACGAUCGUGAAGAAGGUGGCCCAGCAGGCCGAGAAUACAGAGGAACUGGUCCAGAUGCAGAACUAUGUAGAGAAUCUGAAAGUGGGGGAACUGCUGCAGCUAAAG